AUGGGCAAUCAAACGGCGCGAGAAUUAUCCGCGCACAAAAAACACGUUAUCCACACCUGGGCUACGAUCUACAGUCAUGAGCCGCAACUGCUCAACGAAGCCAUCAGGUAAUUGAUUGCAAUCCACUCUCAAAAGAAUUUCCACCUAGUAGUGCGUAUUCUCAGCCAAAGGAAUUCUAAUAUCGUCCCAAAACUUAUUUUUCUACUCACUCCCAUCUAUUUAUGUAAAAGUAGAUUGAUUGAUUGUUGACGUGUGGAGUAGGAAGCUUGUCAUCGUACGUCAUUCUUUCCUAACGACUUCAGGGAAGAUUCCCAUAGAAAUCUUUUUCUUCUCACGAAACGUAUAUUGCUGAUAAAUCAAAGAAUGAAAAUUAUUAUACAAAAAGAUUUUGAAAAUUUUUUUUCCCCUACUGAAAAAAACAGAAUUUAUAAUUGGAAGGUCUUAAGUAGCGCAGGGUAUUGCCUUACCUAAUAGGCCGAUGUCAACAAGUGAAAAUGACAUUGCAUUUAAAAACAACUUUGAAAUUCAAUGACUUCGUAAAUAACGUUUAAAAAAUAAAAAGUACUUUCCAUAUUUCUUAUCCUGAAAAAAAUCGGAAUCAAAUUUCCACCGGAAUCAUCUCACUUUGUUACGUAAAUACUUGAAAUUCAACGAUAUGGGAUACGACCAGAAUAAUUUUGCAGCGAAGCAUGGCUUAAGUCUGCAGAGCUAACACCAACAUGGGUUUGGGCAUUGGUAGAUCUACCAGAAACGAUGCACUCAAUCCACAAGGAAAACGCACAAUUUGUCAAAAUUAUCAGCCAGGUUUGUACUUUCCUCAUGCGUACUUUUUAAGACAAAAUAAGAAAGAAAAAAAAAAUACUUCGGCUUUGGAAGAUGAUUUAGUCACCAUUUAUUCUUGAAGCUGUAUUUCUAACGAAAAAAAUAAUAAGAACAAGUUUAUAUAGGUUCGCGACUUCCUACACAUUCUGAUAAAAGUGCACAAGUGUGAUCCGGAGAUGAUUAAAACGCUUGCCUUCCGUUUGGGAGCUCGACAUCGGUAAGGGUGUGAAUUAGUUCGCACAAAAACAGAUAUUCAAGAGUAGAAAUGAAAGACUGUAACUCAAAGGUUACAGUCACUAUAUGAACGAAGGCAACGACAACUCCUAUUGGGCGCCGUUUGCCCAACAGCUUCCACUUUCGAUCACCAAGACCUACAUGAACGUCGUUAACAACGAUAAUAGGUGGGUAAGGAAAAUGAUGAAAUUGAGGUGAGGCAAACAGUGAAAAGAAGGUUGUAGGCUCCGAAAGAUUCUGCGGAUUCGUUCACGAACAGAUAAAACUGAAGAAGAAGAGGUGUGCGAGUCAUGGCGGCAGUUCAUGUGCAUGAUAAUCGAGUCCAUGAAGCGUGGUUACGAAGGUUGCGCGUCUGAGAAAACUCCGCUCCGGUUGAGUAUAACCAAGUGAGGUCUUUUCACGUUGAAUUCGUUCCAAAUGGGCAAUCUUUUCUGUUUUCUCGAAAAAAAGGAUUCUUAAAAAAACUACUUUCUUUGCGCUUUCCGAAAGACAGGAUAAACUUGGCAGCUCGAUAAUCUCAAUGGCAUCGCUUCGAUCCACAAGAAGCAGAUCUGCGUCGCACUUCCUGGAGCCCCACGUCUCGCCGGCCAUCGGUUUGUCCCCAGAUAGACACUCCACCAACAGGCUCGCUGCACGUAGAAGCAUUAGAUGAAUCACAAGCACUGCAUAUUCACUCGCACCAUUGUACCGUUCACUCGUAAUAAAUUUUUUACACAUUUUAUCGCUUUUUUGUUUGUUUUGCUUUUGCUUUUUUUUCAAAGUCAUGCACCCAGUCGCACACAGCCUUAACCAAACCAACUGCAGCGCCAGUUUGUGCCGCCACGAGUCCUUCCUCCCCAAUGACGCCCUACCGCGACCGCAACAUUUUCCGCACAUCCUUUCACAGACAUAAUCAAGACAGAACGACCAUGAGGUAAGAAGCAUAAAAGAAAACUUUCACUUCAAAUAUUAGAAAUCUAUCAAAGUCCAUGUUUUCGAACUACCUGAGCAAUACCAUUUUUUGAGACUUUUAAUAAAAUUAUCAUAAUCAUCUAAAAAAAAAUCAACAACUUUUUCUAUAUCCGGUGUACCGUAACAAAACCUGAGGUUUCGUAACCUUUAUACGAACUAGUUAAUGGGACAUGGGCUUUUCUAUAGAUAAUGGAAUAAGAAUAUUUGUCGACUCUUUUUUUUUUAAUGUCCAUUAUGUUUCCUCUCGUUCCAUUAUACUGUCUUUUCAGAAAAAGAAAGCUAUAAAAAUGAAUACAUUGAAACGUUUUUUUGUCUAAUGAGAAAGGCAAAGUAAAAAAAAGGUACAGCGAAAUCUCAUUAUUUUUCGACUUUUCUGAUAUUAUUCUCAAACAGGAAAAAUAAUGAAACAAGAAAAAUUCACAGUAAAAAAAGAUGGAAACAAUUUGUUAGAAAACAUUUUUUUCGCGAAAGUCCCACGUCUGGUGAAAAGCAAAUUAUGAUUUUCCUUAUUGAUAAUCAAUCUUUUUUUCGUGGACCUUUUUUUAAGAUCCUUUAAGACACCGCGUCAUCCACUCAGUUUCGAAAAGCUAUUAUACUGAGCAUCCAAAAAAAAACCAUUUUAAAAUAAGUCUAACAACUAAAAAGUUCGUGAUUCAGAAGACAAUCGACCCCAAACCACCCCUCAUCGCUGCUCAACAACUCGGAUCGUCAGCUGCUGCGACUGACGCAGAUCAACGAACGCGCCAUGGCCAACCGCGGAGCACAAGAUCAGCGGCGCUCCCUCACUCUUCUACCGUUUCAUACAUAA